AUGAAGUUUUCUCUCGCCGUCUCUCUUACAGCCCUUGUGGCCGCCGUCGUGGCCCAGCAAGUCCCGCCGUGUGUCGACGUGUGCUUUAGGAAACAACAAGCUUGCCCUGAUGAAUGGGACCUUAAAUGUCUCUGUGAGGAUGAGCAAUUCCACAUUGAAAUGACACAGUGUAUGCGUGGGGAUUAUGGAGAGAGUGGGGAAUGCUCGGAGGAGGAUCAAUUCAUUGCGCGGAUACUCCUGGAUGCUGCCUGUGGUGCUUGA